AGUUUCAGUUAGAGGCUAAGGAAUGUCUCCACUAACUGUCUCCAGAUGUGCCUACUUGGCAACCCACUGAUGAAACGUUACUGAGGGGACACAGGAUCUACACUAUCAGAUUGGAUAUGGACAUGGGUUUUGAACAGCUCACCAAGCACAGCUUUUAACACUCCUUACAAGAAGUGUGGAGACAAUGAGAGUUCAGCUCAAAGGGGAUGCGAUCUGCACCCUUUUCCUGGUGGUAGUGCUUUGCUCUUUACUCUAUUCCCAGUUGGAGCGUACUUCCCCAACAGGAAACAGGGAGCAAAUGCACAAGAAACCUUCACCAACGCAGAGGAUCUUCCCAGGCCCCGAAGCCCCCAAGUGGCAUCCUCAAGCGGAGGUGACAUUUGGCCGACCCAGAAUCAUUUCUAUUGCUAAAGAUGCAGAAGUGGCAAGUAAAAAGACCCAAACUACCACUUCACCACCUCUGACUCAUUCUGCCUUCGACUUCAAGCGCUACCUUCUAAACAAGGACAAUCGGAACUUUGAUCUUCUCAUUAACCAGCCCAAGAAAUGCCUGAAAACACCCGGAGGUCCCUUCCUGCUUAUAGCCAUCAAAUCGGUGGUUGAGGACUUUGACAGACGCGAGAUCGUCCGUAAGACCUGGGGUAGGGAGGGUUUGGUGAACGGGGUGCAGGUUCAAAGAGUUUUCCUCCUGGGAAUACCAAAGAAUAAGACAGCACUUGCAACAUGGGAGAUUCUUGUCCACCAGGAGAGUCUGAUGUAUCAGGACAUUUUACUCUGGGACUUUCUGGAUACUUUCUUCAAUCUGACCCUGAAAGAGAUCCACUUCCUGAACUGGGCUGACAAGUUUUGUUCUAGUGUGAAGUUCAUUUUUAAAGGGGAUGCUGAUGUUUUUGUCAAUGUGGAGAACAUCAUUGACUUCCUCGAGAGACAUGACCCUGCAGAAGACCUCUUUGUUGGGGACAUCAUCUACAAUGCUCACCCAAUCCGGGUGCAGAAAAGUAAAUACUACAUCCCAGAAACGAUGUACGGGCUAGGCACAUACCCACUCUAUGCAGGGGGAGGGGGCUUCUUAUUGUCCAGCAGCACCAUGAAAAAGCUCUUCCAGGCUUGCAAAGAGGUGGAGCUCUUCCCCAUUGACGAUGUCUUUUUGGGCAUGUGCUUGCAGAGAAUCAAUCUCAAACCUGUUUUGCAUGAAGGAUUCAAGACCUUUGGCAUCGUGAAACCCUCAGCUGCCCCGCACCUGCAGACGUUUGACCCCUGCUUUUACAAAGAUCUCAUGGUAGUCCACAGUCUAAAAGUAGCCGAAAUCUGGCUAAUGUGGAAUCUGCUUCACAGCCCACGGCUUUCCUGCACCCAGAAGAAGCAGGUGAAGAAACCUUUCCAAUGGAAGAGGAAAAAAACUGAAGCAAUGACGGACAGCAGCUUUCUGAUAAAGCAGGCUAAGCAUGGCAGAAGUAGGUGAUGAACCAAGCUCAGAAGAACCUUGCGUAGUUGCAACCCAACACUGAUUUAGCGCAUCUCAUGUAAACUAUUAGGAGACAAGGCCACCCUAUUGCAGACAUUUGCCAGAAUUCCACGUCUGCACACACUAUAUGCAGUAGGAUUUUUUCCCUUAACCUUAUUCCAAGUAAUUCACAAAACUAGAUUUAAUUUAUUAUUAUUUAUUAGUAUCGCAGUAGAGCUUAAAGACCCCCAGUUAGGACUAUUGUGCUAUACAAACACACAGUAAAAGACAGCCCCAAAGAGCUUAACAUCUAAUUUGAGACUUAACAUGAUAAGUGAACAUAAAAGGAGCAGGGUAGGUGGGAGAUGAGGACAAGGGUUGUGAAGAUAAAAAAAAUCAUUGCUACGUAGGUCUCGGAUUACUGAGAGCCAGCAAGAACCACCAAAUUGUGCAAUAGCUAAAGUAAAGAAAAUCAGCUCUCCCCAACUGAUGCACAAACCAAACCACCAUCGGCUGGCACCUUGGAGGUGUUACAGCGGAGGUGGGUCUUGAAGGAGAAGAGGGCAGUGGCAUUAUGGAUUAAUUCAGGGCGGGGGCUCCAUGCAGAAUGAGAGAAGGAGAGGAGACAAAAUUGGAAGCGGGCUUUGCCAGCAGACCAGAGGAUGGGUGAGGGGGCAACAUGAUCAGAGACCUGCAGGUAUGUAGGAAGGGUCAGAGCUGUGAAGGGCCUUGAAGGUGAGGAUAAAAAGUUUCAUGUUAUAAAUUGAUUUACAGUCAAUGGAAGCUGAAAAUCGUCUGACAACAGCUGAUCAUCUUCUCAUCUUGAUGGUCCAGAUCCUCCAUUUCAGACCUCUGCUGGUGAACAGAGCAAUGGCAAAUGCAUACUUCUGCCCCAUGUCUCUCUCAUUGUGUUCUUUGAUCUGGAAGAAAUUACUGACAUACAGGACUAGUUUAUAGAGAUUCAGGCCUUUUGUGUAUUGAAUGCAGUCAAAUAUGAGAAGGAGCUGGGCCUUUUCAGACACUGGGGGGGAAAAUACCCUUCAGACACAAAGGCUUUGAAAUAAAAGCUCUUCAGGACAUUGCAGCAAAACACAAGCAAACAACUUUCUGCCAUUAGGUGACAUUCAAUUUAUCAUUCAAAGUUUUUGAAUAAGCAUUUACACUUUUGGAGAGGAUCACUGUAUUGCUUGAUUCAACACAGCCUGGACAGCAUUUUAGCACUUGAAACAUUUUAUUUUCUGAUCACAGGUAACUUUAAAAAUAAGUACUUACUGGCCAGCACAAGUAGGAAGUGAAUCUCUUAAAGAGGAUUAAGAAAGGCCUUUUGAUCCAGGAAGUUAUAGGCCCAGAUGCACAGCUGAAAAGCUGAAACUAUGAUUGUUAAUUUAGGCACCUAACUCUCUUUGAAAUCAAUGGGAGUGAGACCCCUAAAUACUUUUCAGCCUUAAGCAUAUACACCUCUACCCCGAUAUAACGCUGUCCUCGGGAGCCAAAAAAUCUUACCACGUUAUAGGUGAAACCACGUUAUAUCGAACUUGCUUUGAUCCACCGGAGAGCGCAGCCCCACCACCCCCGGAGCACUGCUUUACUGCGUUAUAUCCAAAUUUGUGUUAUAUCGGGGUAGAGGUGUACUUAAAUCCAUCCUUAUUGAGGAGAGAACUUAAGAAUGUGCUUAAGUCCCACUGACUUUAAGCCGAUGUGUAAGGGCUGUCCUGCAGAGGGCUGUUUUUCCUGGUUUGGGGCCUAUCCCAUAGGUGCCUUUCUCAGCUGCAGGACAGUGCAGUACCAUGUUUUUUUGUUUUUCCAUUUGCUGUACCAUGGUGUCAAUUCUAACUUUCACUAUGCAGCACAGUUGGAGGGGAGGGAGUCCGGUAACCUCGAUUGAUGUGCUGUAGUGCUUACUGAUGAAGUGAAGUGAUGUGUUAUCUCUUGGUUAGAAAGGGACCUUAUAAUAAUGUACUUUCAGGAGAAUUGUCAACUGGGGAUCUGUUUCUGUGAUAUGCUGGCAGUUUUGGGAAUAAAUACCUUACGUAUAAAGUGUUCACACAAAAAACAUUGAUGAAAUGUACGGUAGUUCUGCAGAGACUGGAAGUCAGUCCCAGUCUUGGCUGUAAAACCAUCACACGAGGUUGGUAAACGUGCCAUAUCCAUGUAUUUAUGAACCGCACAGAAAAGCUUUAUCUGGUGAUCAGUUUGAUAGCUGGGCAAUUAUUUCUAUUGCAAUUAAAAGACAGUAUAUGAACGUGCCUGUCCACUUAUCAAGAUGAAUAUGGGGCGUGUGGUUUAGUAAAACCAAUGCACGCUUGUAUUUCUGAGGAGAGAAAGAACUUGAUGACAUUGUUAGUUGUCUUGGAUACCACAGACAAUUUUUUCUAAUGGCAGUUUUUCACACUUACAAAAGAAAAUCGUGCUUAGCUUACCUCAUGAUUUCUUACCACAUAACUAGUCAGGGUCCAGCUGUCCUUUCCUUCAAGCUGGGAUGCAGAAGUAGACUGGCUCCUUCCUCUCACACAGUUUCCAUAGCUGCAGCCCACUUGUAAUGUAGUGGGCAGAGUAUCCAUUGGAUUCAAUGUAAACCCUGCCCCCUAAUAUGAUGGAGGCAGAAUUAUAAGGAGGGUUUUGCAGAGGAAGGAGCUAGGGAACUGC